AGAUAAAUUUUUAAGGGCUUCCCAUUAUGCCAAGAACAACCAGGUAUUGGGUGGCUUCAAUUAACAAGAGAGACUGCUGUCCUAAGGGACAAAAUAUAGACACAUGAAUAGAAGACGAAAAUUCCUUUUUGCCUCAGUGCUUGCUCUCCAGAAUUCGAGUUUUAUAUAUCCAUCAUGUCAAAUGUGCUUUUCUCGGAUAAUUCUUGACACCAAAAGGUUUACUUGUCCCAAGUGUGGCUCUAUGGGUAAAGCUGAAAGUGCCAGUUACAGAUACAGACUUUCCUUAAAAGUGGCAGAAUCCAGCAAACUGUAUAUCAUUACUGUGUUUGGGAGCUGCUUAGACAAAUUUUUUGGACUCACAGCCACUGGUUUGAAGAGGUACCUUGAGAAUUCUAGUGAAAUCCCAGAACCCCUGGACAGUGGUAGAAUGCAGAGCCUAUUGACCACAGCAGUGGAAAUUUGUUUUGUUGGACAAAGCUUUGUGUUUGGAGUGACGAAUUUUGGAGAUAUAUGUGGACAUGAUUCAGACUCUAACUUCUUGCAGUCAUGCUGUAAACACAAAGAAGAAGUCAGAACACUAAUAGCUUCCCAGAUUGUUCUGCCUGACCCACAUAUUACAGGCUUUACUGUCAUUGACUAUUUAAAUCAACUUUUCAAGAAACAUCAUUGCGACUCUCAGGAGCAUAGCAGCCACUCCCUCACUUUCGAUCACUCAGACAGUGAUCUUGGCAGCAUGCAUGGCUCUGUGAAAACAUCCUGUUUUCUGGAGUCCUGCAGCAAAGAUGAUCUUCUCAGAUUCUGGCAGCCAUCACUUGAACUGACUUCAACUGACUCACAAGUAACAGCUAAUGAUGACUUUUCAGCUUCAGAACAAAUCCUGGCCAGUGGUACUCCUGACAAAAACAAACAGUGUAUCUCCUUUUCUGAAGCCACUGGUUCUAAGAACUGUCAUGAUCCCCUUCAGAGUUCACAGACCCUUGUUUCUUGUAUGGACAAGAAUAAUACAACAGGGAAGCAGGGUGAAGAAUUUGGUUUACAAGCUAAUCAUCUGAGUCCAGUUUGCCCCAGUUUUCAUGAAACUAGGCUGUCUGACUCUAAUUUAUUCCCUUCACAAAUGCAAGAACAUUUUGAAGAAGCUAAUGCAGAAUGCUACAAUGAAACAGAAAUUAAAACUGAAUAUUCCCAGUAUGACAUCCCAUGUUACCAGCAUUGUGAUGUAAAUACUACCACAAUCCUUCAAGAGAGACCUGCAUUUUCAUUGUCAUCCCUCAGACCUCAAGAAGCAACAAGUGCUUCUCAGAACUGUGACUCCUUUAUUUGGGAUGAUCUACCCUUCUCUGAAAGCCUGAGCAAGUUUCUGGCAAUUGUUGAAAGUGAGAUGGCUGUAAUUGAGACAGAUACUAAGGACAGAAAACAGGUUACAGAUAAUGACAUUGAUAAAUUCCACACAGACCACUGCAGGUUAUCUGUGACUCCCAGGAGAAAUACUGGAGCAUUGAAUACAUCACCUUUACUCUUAAGAUCAUCACAAGCAAUGGUGAAAGAAAACUCCAGGAAAGAGACCUUUUCCAACUGUGAGUCUAAUCUAAGUCCUCAAAUUCAAAGAGAAUCAAAACCCAAUAAGACAGCAGAAGCUGUCUCUAUAGGCAGUGAUAGAAGUGGUGUCUCAGAGUAUUUUCUACCAGAUACUUGCCUUUCAACUCUAUUUACAUCGUCAAAAGAUAUGGAAGCAUCUGUUCCCCGAAAGAGGACUGCUGGGAUCCUACAACAGAGGAAUGAGAUUUCACUCAGGUUUAACACCUCAACAAGUGACUUUUUUUAUAAUAAUAACAAAUCUUUUAAUGGAUGUAGAGAAAAAUCACAUUCAGAAACAAAAGGACAUUUGACAAGCAUGUGUUCUAAAAAACACAGUAAAGUUUCUGAUCUUCACAAAUUAAAAAGUAAGCAGUAUUAUAGAUGGUCAAAGAACCAAGAUGACAGUUUUACAAUAUGCCGGAAACUUACGUAUCCUUUGGAGACUCUUUGCAAUAGUCCAAAAAAUACAAAUACAGCAAAAGAAUUACCUCACAGACCUAUCAAUAAUAACUUAACACAAAGUUACUCAACUGAUCAUGAAGGUAGCUACAAUGCUUCUGUUGAUCUUUUUGAUGAUAUUGCUAAAAAUAAUGACAGUGGAACAGAAAUUACCAAAAUAUCACAGGAUAUUUUGUUACCAUGUGAAGCAUCUUGCACAGAAAACUAUCCCAUAGAUGAAAAAGGCAGCCAGCCUUCACAAAAACUACCCUUGCAAAACAUAGCAUCGUCAAGAUAUCUGAGAGCAAGUUCUCAGUCAGAUUCAGAAUGUGAUUUUGAAGAAAGCCAAGACUUUGUUCCAUGUUCACAGUCAACUCCAGUUGCAGGCUUCCACCAAAGAAUUCAUGGCUUACGUGGACCUUUCAAAAUGUUGCCUGCCUUAUAUUCAAAUCUUAAUGCUAACUAUAAAAAAACAAAAUUUUCUCCUGAAAAUGGCAACGGUCAAGCUACCUCAGUCUGCCCAAAGAAUGUAAAAACACCUAGCCGGAAGUCCAAAAGUCCUGAUAUAUCUAGUUUGAAAAAACCAGAGAUUUCCAACCACUGCUCCACUGCUGAGUGCCUUGAAAGUGAUAUGGAUGAAUGGAUCCCCCCUACCACCCAAAAAGUAUUUCUUUCAGAUAUCCUUGGAUUCAAAGUCACAUGUUUAAGGAAAUGCCUUACUGUCCAUCCUUCCCCCUACCAAAAAGAGUUACCAAGAAAGAAAUCAAUAAAAGUGGCACAUAAAACCAACAUGUUUAAUUAAAACAUGGGGGUGUUUUCUUCAGAAGCCAAAUGUUGCCUUCCA